CCUAACAAAACGUAAACAAAACUUUCAAGGAAAUGGACAAGCAACAACUUACGCCGGAUUCGGAAAACUCCGGCAAAAAAGACGUAGGAAAGAGUGCAAGCAUUCCGAGGGAUGUGAAACUAAAGCUGCAAAGGCAACUGAACAAGCAGGGUUACUCCCAGCAGACCUUGCUUGAAGCAUCAAAGCACCGAAACCGAAACUAUUCGAACGCCGUUCUUGAAUAUGUGGCCACCACGAUUGGCAGGAGCGAGGAAAUGGUUAAGAAUUGCAACUCAGUUAGCUUAAGCAACAUUACCCAGUGGCUGGAACUCAUGAAAAGCUCCCAACUCUCGGAUCUAUGCGAAUUCGAAGCAGCCGCCGCUGUGAACUCCAUAAUCCAAAAUGAGACAAAGCCAUCGCCAGAGGAACUGAGUGGCAUUAACUUGAAUGAGGCCUACAAAUUUCUGGAAAACGCUUUGAUGGGCCAGCCGCAAAAGAAGAUGAGUGAUGCCACCAAGGCAUUUCUGUCCAAAGAAAUCGAGCUCCUUAUAGAGGAGGCGAACACCGACGAAUCCGACAAUGUGGCACGCAGCAUGGGAGAGCGCCUGUAUGACCACCAGAGCUUGGAUUACAUGGAGCAGCGCCAAAAAUGCAGCUUGGAUCCACUUUUCCUGGACGAGAAGUUAACGUAGAGGCCGGAGUGUAAUUGAGUACAGCGCAUUUAUUCAUUUCCACACAUUUAUUAAACAUUUAAAUUCAAUUUUUGUUAUAUACGUACAUUGUCACACGCAUUUGCACCAUUCCAUCAUCAAUUAACCAUCGAUCCCAUGUUUAUACAUUAGUAUUACUAUGCCAAAUGCCCCAAUCUUUGUACGUAUUAAUAUUCGAUAAUUACACUCAUAAUUAAGUACUUGACUAUAAACAGUUUUAGCACAUUUAAAAUCUAGAAUUCCUUUAGUUGUACACAAUUACUUCGAGUAGUGUAAGAAAAAGUUGUGGGUCUUUGGCCUUGGAUUCUCUCAAUUGCAUAACAUUUAUUGUGCAUGAUUGUUUUCAAUAGUUCGGGUUGCCAAUUAGCAUUUCAUAGACUAGAGUAGAGAUAGGUAGUUUAGUUUUGGUUUUGCUUCGAUAAGCUUUGUUUUAAACUUUAAGAGGCAUAAAAACAGUUGAGUGCUGCUUGACUCCCAUAGCAUCACAAUAGAAUCACAAGAGACAGAGUUGGCUUCAUUUUCAAUUCGUUAGAGGAUCUAGGAUGGCACACUUACGAUAACAUAACGUACAUACGAUCAGAGUUACAUACAAAUUCGAAUACAAAUAUAAUACCCUCUAAGUUUAACCGCAGUUACUCUUACUAAAAC